AUGACUACAUUGCUUCCUACGCCACCUUAUAUGCUUGGUGAGCGUCCGACUCCACACGAUGGAGGCUCAGGUGCGCCUUCCUUUCGUCAAGUUCCUUUUGUUCGUGCCAGCGAUCGUGUUGAAAGUGGUGUGAAGGUUCGUAAGCAGCUCCGCAAGUAUCUAAGAGCAGCGUCUUCUACACAGCACAUGGUUGCACAGACACACUUAAGUGAUGCUUGUCUGCCCGCGCUUCAGCCGCAAGAGGUAGCACAAUCUUGUUUUCAAGACUUUUUUGCUCAAAUGCGAACCUACAAUCAGGUACUGGGCACGAAACACUUAGCAGCGAGCAAGGCGUACAUGGAUAUGACCAAACCACUUGAAAACGCCGGCAAGUCCAAACGAUGGGCACGUGACAUUAACAGCCUAGUGCAGCGCUGUGUGUCUGACGUGCAGGGUGCAGAGAAGAAAAUGGAUAAGGCACGACAACGAGUGGCUCGUGCAGCAGAUGAACUGGCGCAUUGGAAAACUGUACUAGCUGCGAAUGAAGCAACGUAUCAAGUUCAACCGAAUAAUCCGGAAGUCAAACGUGCUUUCCAGAUGGCACAAUCUCGUUAUACGAAUGCUUUUGGUGAGGAUGAAGCAGCUGGCGUUGAGUACGACGACGUGAGAACCACAUUGAUAAAUGCAAUAGCUCGACGGGAUGAAAUUGUGGAAGAAGCGGCCGGUUUAUCGCAAAGUGUGGAAGAAGAUCGAUUGGAUACAUUAGUAAUUGUAAUUGGACAAUUUGUCGAGACAAAAGUGGCCAUUUUACAAGCAGAAAUUGAAGCAAUGGCGGACCUUCAGCGAACACUUAAGGCAUUGGACCGAAACUCAGUGGUCCAACAAUAUAUUGCCGAUAGUAUGGCACCCGAAUUGACACAUCGGCAGGCAAAAGCAUUGGGUUUGAUGGAGUGGCAUCGCGUAACGUGGCGCUUUGAACAGCAGGUACGGCAUGCGGCAGAACCAGCCAAUUUCUUGUCACUCGCAUCUUCGCCAGAGGAUCUUGCAAAGGUUAGAGCGGCAGGCUUAUCCGAAAAAGAUGUUGACAUCAUCAAGGAUUUUAUAUCAAGUUGCUUUAUUGAACCUGAAGCUAGUCUUCUUCCGUCUGAUACACUUCAGUUUUCCUCGUCAAAACAUCGCAGCAAGUUUACGGAUGCUUCAGCUUCUGUGACACAGGCAAUGUAUCGACUCGGCGUUGUUCGUCGUAUCAUACUGGAGUGUUUGAUGCUACAACGAAGACACGAUCGCGAGUUGUCCCGCGAAGGAUUUUCUAGACUUGCAAUUGCGUUGCGCUUGCUACUUGAUGCUUGUGUUGUCCAGCGUGACACUCGGUCUACCAUGCAUCUGAUGAACAUGCUGCAGACUUUUUAUCGGAAAACCAGCAAAGACGGACAGGAAUAUCUUCAUGUGAUGUUAAAAGAUCAUUCAGCUUGGCGUGUGGCAAUUUAUUGGGUAGAUGCUCUAUUAAAGAGUGUGGCAGAGGAACUCAGCAAGACUUCAACCGAUACACCAUGGUAUUUCCUGACAGAUCCUGAACGUGCACAAAAGGUUUUUGAAGUGCACAAUGUCGUUUAUGGACAAGCUUUGGCAUAUCUAUAUCAUCUUUCGAGCUUUGGAUAUACUCGGCGACAACUCCUUCAAUAUGCUCGCAACGUGUGUUUCGCCUACGAACUAGGCGAAGAGCAGCGCAUUAGUUUGGUUUCAUCAGUAAAAGAUAUGGCAUUGGAACACUGGCAAGAAGAUGAAUAUGAGGAAAAAGGAGAAGAACCUAUGGUGGUGGAGGGCAAUGCAAGGCAGCGUUUCUUUGAGCGUGAUGGUGGGCUUUCUGAUUGUGGAGGCAGUCGAGUUCCUAGUGCCCGAAUAGCUGAUGUGCGAUUCACGUCGUUCACUAUACCAGACUGGUCCUCAUUUAGAAAUGAACAUGGAUUUGAUAGUGGCAACUUUGAUGUAAAUGUGAAUAAAUUUGGUCGUAAACGCAGGGAGUCGAGUGCAUCGAAUGCAACGACUGUGGUAGAAGGUUCAAUAACGGCCUCGUAUAUUGGCAGUGUGCGCGAUAUAGAGGAAACAAAGGCGGUUGCAUCUACAGAAGUUGUGGAAAAUGGUGAUGAGCCUUGGGAAAAAUUGUUUGUGUCCCUUUUGCUACGUCAUCGCUCGACAGAUAAUGUACUUCUGGCAGCUCGUGGGGAGAUAGAAGAUAUACCACGUAUGCACAAAAGUGUGCACCGAAGUAAAUACACGACUACUCUAGAUGAAAAUGAAAGUGCCAAGUUGGAGCGGAGAAAACACAGAAAACUACUCAAGGCACGAUCGGUUGCAAGUAUUGAUACCUCUAUACUGAGAGCUGAAAAGGAACAGGAGCUAAACAACAGUCGCUCUGCUGCUAAUCCUGCUAAUGGCAUGAACCAGAUCAUGACUAUUGCUGCCCGCAUGAAACAAAAACGCAAGCAAAACUCUAGUGGUAGUAUUGAUUUUGUAUCACUAACACGCGCACAAAGUGAUGCUACUGGAUCUACGUCAGAUGCUCCAAAAGAGUCAUCUACACGGCAAAAAAAAGAAAUGACGACACUAUCAGGCGUUGCAGCUCUUCGUGCUCGCUUCGAAAAUAGAUAA